GAGACGUACAUUGUAUUGUAAACAUUGGAAUUGGAAGAGGGGGUCGGCGAAUUUGUUUUUAUACUUUUCAGUUUCUUCCUUCAGAUGACUGAAAACAGUGGACGUUAUUGAUCAAAAACAACUAACGGAAUUAUUCGGUUUCUUUUGCAGUAAUCAUAUUAAGCAUCUGAAUCAACUAACUUCCUAGCUUAGGCCGAGGCCCUCUGUCAAGCUAAAGUACUGGACUGCCAAACGUCAUUCGUCCACAAGGAGAAGGAACAACAUCAAAAAGUUCGAUGUCGUUUGGCCUAGGCUAGGCUUUGUUUCUAGUUCCUCAAUUACACAGUGACAUUCGUUGAUUAUGCAUUGGUGGUGCAAAUACAGAUAGGACUAAUCGUCACUUAUAUGGAUGUUGAUUUAUCUGUAACAUAUUACGUAUUCAAAAUAUAUGUACUUUAAAAAGUAUUCGAUAUAAAUAUAUUUAAAAAAAAUGGACAGUAUUAAUAUUGUGCACAAGUUACGAAAUCGUCAGCUGCAGGAGAGAGACCAUUCGGUUUUUCAGCAGAAGCAGCAAGUGACUGCAAUGCUUGUCAGUAGACUGGGCCUGGAAAAGGAGCUUGAGGGUCAUACUGGCUGUGUCAACUGUUUGGAGUGGAACUCUAAAGGAACGUUGCUUGCAAGUGGAUCAGAUGACUUGGAAACAAUUUUGUGGAAUCCUUUCCUCCACAAAAAAUUAACCACUAUCAAAACUGGUCACCAUGGAAACAUAUUUUCAAUAAAGUUUUUACCAGAUUCAAAUGAUAAUGUUUUGGCUACCUGUGCAGCUGACACUAAGGUGAGAAUUCAUGAUGUAAGCCGAGGAGAAACGACACAAGCAUUUAGUUGCCAUGCAGGGCGUGCAAAGCGGCUAGCAACAGCACCGAACUUGCCAUAUAUGCUGUGGAGUGCUGGGGAGGACGGAACGAUAAGGCAAUUUGAUCUCCGUAUGCCACAUACGUGUGGGGAUAGUUGUGAGAAUGUUCUGAUAAAUUUAAACACAUACAUUGGGAACCAUGCAGAAUGUAAAUGCUUGGCCAUCAACCAGUAUAGACCUGAAUUACUUGCAGUUGGUGCUAACGAUCCAUACGUACGACUGUAUGAUAUACGCAUGCUGUCUCCAUACUCGGUUCGAUUUUCUGGGGACGAAAGACAUGAUUCUCCCUGGCAGACUCCAGCUCCUGAUCCAGAUGCCCAAGGGAAUUUACCCCAGGGCUGUGUGCAAUAUUUUGUAGCCGCUCAUUUGCCAACAAAGGAGGAAGUCAGAAGAAGACGCUACCCAUCUCUAGUAUCAACGUAUAUAACUUUCAGUCCUAACGGCAACGAGAUCCUUGUUAAUUUAGGUGGCGAACAGGUUUAUUUAUUUGAUAUUGUUCAUCAUAGAAAACCGAAGGGGUUCAAAACCGGAGAUUACAUUUUACCCGUGUCAAAUAACAAUGGUAUAUGUAAAGAUGUCUCCAGUACAAUGGCAGAAGCAUUAUCGUCCAAUGGAACAUCGGUGCAUUCUUCAAAUGGGUUGACGAAGGGUAUUGCAUCAACGAGCAAAAUGAAAAUCAACAUGGAUAAUAACAGAAGUUGUGCAGCAUUAAGGAGAUCAUGUCUUCCAACAAAAGAACUUCCACCCAAGGCAGAUUCUUUAAAGCUGAGAGCUAAUGAAUUCUACUGUGAGAAAAAGGAUUACACAAACGCAAUACGACUCUACAACGAAGCUUUAUCAAUUGCACCGAACAGUCCCAUACUCUACGCCAACAGAGCUGCAGCAUACCAAAGGAGGAAAUGGGAAGGGGACAUCUACGGUGCUGUGAGGGACUGCCAUAAAGCUCUGUCGCUGGAUCCGUCACAUCGCAAAGCCCAAUUCAGGUUGGCACAGUGCCUUUACGAGUUGGACUGGUUUCAAGAGGCUGGAGAUUGUCUAAAGCAGUUUAAGAUCAAGUUUCCUGAUUACAUCAAGGACUGUGAAGAGUUGGAUAAGGGUCUGAAGGCAAAACAUAACAAUGAAGAAGGAGACUUAAACAAGGGAAGUAAUAUUACAUUACCUCUGCUUCGAUUUGGACGGAGUGGUCGGGAGUUUCAGCUGUCGGAUCAUGAAGUGGCGCUGCGCAGAGAAUCAUGGGAUUAUCAACAACGAUACUGUGGACACUGUAACACAACGACAGAUAUCAAAGAGGCCAACUUUUUUGGCAGUGAUGGACAGUUUGUAAUUGCUGGAUCGGACGAUGGAUCGUUCUUUAUUUGGGAUCGUAAAUCUACGAACAUUAUGCAAGUUUUCCGAGGCGAUGAGUCCAUUGUUAACUGCUUACAACCACACCCUACAUGCUGUUACCUAGCAACCAGUGGUAUUGACCCUGUGGUCCGAUUGUGGUCACCCCAGCCUGAGGAUGGGAAGGCUAACGAGCGCAAUGUGACUGACCGGGAUUCGGCAGCUUUGGCCAAUCAGAGACGAAUGAUUGCUGAUCCUUUGGAGGUACUUUUGAUGAAUAUGGCUCAGCGGAUCUCGGGUAUGUCGGAUGGCUCCGAUGAUGACUCUAACAGUGAAGCACCUGAUCAGUGUAGGCCAAGCUAAUUUAUAUUGUCAAAGUCCUGGUCUGGACAGGCCUAACUAAAAAAUCCUUGUACAGAGCUGGGGGCCUGGUUCAUUGCUGGUCUUGCCAAAAAAAAAAUUUUUGCCCUAAGACUGAGUUUUCUGAUUAGGACAGGUUUUGCUAAAUAAGUUUUACCAUGAGCAAAGGCAUCGAUGAUGACCUAAUUAAAGGAAAUGUGGAGUAAAACCGAGGGCUGCAGACGUUUAUCGUGCGGGAAGUUAUCAAAUAUUGGCAUACUUAAGUUUAUUAAUCGUUUUGAAAUAGAGUGUAUUAUUUAUAAUUUAAAGUUAAGAUAAAUAUUAUUAAUUUCUAAAUGUAUGCAGUCACCUAAAAAAGCAAUGAAGCCAUUACAAUUAUGGUUUCAUUAUAAAUACUUUAAAGUUUUCAAUGCUAUCAAAAUAUAAGUUAAUUUCAAAUUUGUAUAAUAGAAAAAAGAAUAUAUUGCAGGUUUCUUUAGUAUUAUUAUAUUGCAUUAACCAUUUAUAUCAAUGAUUUUCAUUAACAUAGGAGAGCUACUGUAUAUAGACAACAAUGUUUCUACCUUUUAUCAUCGAGCAUAUCAUUGUAAACCCAGAUGCUUUUGAUUAUCUAAAUUUAUGAGGGAGUGGGUCUGAUUUUUUUGACUUGUGAGAAAAAUAACUUAUCAGGAUUGGGACAACAAGACAACAUCAGUCAGUUGGUCUAUGACCAAAUUAUCAUUAUUCUCAGGAGUAGAUGUAGGGGAGAAUGGCCCUCCUCCACCCCUCCCCCACCCCCAAAAGAAAUGGGGUAAGGAAGAGAAAAAAUAUAAUGGUAUUGAAAAUGCUGCAUGAUACCUCUAUAAAAGUUGUAAUUUCUGUACUCAUAUUGAUUUUCUUUUACAGUCAACUAUGUCACCUCCUCCGACACACACACACACACACAUACAUACACUAGGUACUUCGCACGUCGCAUGACCUCUGCCCAGAUUUUUCUCUGGAUCCCCACUGCAUCUUGCUAUUUCUACAGAUAAGUCUUGAAAGUGCAAGAUAAUUUUUAUUUGGUCAAUAAAUACAGACUUUUGGAA